AUGCACUUUCACAGGGGUCGUCGCCCGGCGAUUUACCACUGGAUUUUAUCCAUAGUGGCACUUCUUUCCACUUCAUUAGUAAUUGCCAACCAGGCAAGCUUCGAACUUGAGAAGGUUCGUCAUCUUCUGAACUUUUUUUGUUUUUAAUGAUUUUGGGCAGGUUGGACGGGGUAGAAGGAGACAAAGAAAACUCCAUUUCACGGGCGUUUUUGCUAAGAAAUUAAUGUAGAACUAUAAUUUCUGAAGGGAAGAAAAUUUUGGUCACUAAUAGUGAAUAAAAAUACACAUUCUUGAGUUUUGUUUUAUGAAAAAAAGUUCAAAGAUCAAUGUGCUCCGAAUUUCUUUUGAGCUUCGAAAUGUAAAUUUUCAAAAAAAAAAUUUUCUGUUUUUUCUGUCAUGUACGUACCAAAAAAGCUUAAAAUUGAGUUUAAAAAUAAAAAUUUAAGGUUUUGAUUUGACAGUGUGUCCUCACACGAAAAAAUAGCUGGAAUAUUCAAAUUAACAAACUUUUUUUUAUCUCAGUUAAGUAGAAAAUUUCGAGGAAAAAACGUUUUAUAUCUUUUUUUUCUAUGCAAAAACCGUUUUAACUUUUAAAAAAGUUUGACUCAUCCAAUCAUGGAUUUGUAUAAAAACAACUGAUUUCAGUCACUGUCGUCCUGUGAAAGGCCUUGCUACAACGGCGCAUGCAUCAAUGGGUCCUGUGUAUGUGCCAAAGGUUGGAAUGGCGCACAGUGCGAUCACUGCAUUGGUCGAAUACGGUAUUUCCAACUUCUUAGCUUUUUCUCAUAUUGAGAUUUUUCCAGACUGUCGGAAAAUCAAAGUGUGUUGUCUGACGGGCCUUUAGACUACAGCCCAUCUUCAAAGUGCACGUGGUUGAUUGAGCCGAGCCAAGUACUAUUUUCCUUAAAAAGUCUUUCAAAGAAAUUUUUUCAAGAACACUUCUCUUGGACCGUUGAAUAUCCGAAUCACAAGCUUUUCGACAGAAUGCGUCUGGGAUUAUUUGUACAUUUACGAUGGCAAUGGUGUUUACGGGAAACAAUUGGCCGCUUUAUGGUUCCUCAAAUUUAUCUUCUUUCCAUUUGAUUCUUUUCAGUGGUGACCAGCCAAUUCAAGAGUUCACAGCACCUUCCGGCAAAGCUUUUAUUUAUUUCUUCAGUGAUUUAGCCAUGAAUUUGAACGGGUUCAACAUUAAUUACGAGUUCAAUCGGUGACUUGAAACUUUUAUCCAUUAAACUACUUUUUUUAAAGAUGCGCUUACAACUGCUCAUCAAAAGGGACUUGCUCAAGAGGAGUUUGCCUCUGUGAAGAUGGUUAUGCGGGUUAGGAUUUACAUAUGUUUGAUUAAUGUCAAUUCCUAACUUUUAGGUGAAUAUUGUGAGCAUCAAAUAUGCACCAUUGGCACUGAUUUCGCCACAGGUCCCUGCAAUUCUGGACAGUGUGAGAACGAACAGUGCGUUUGCCCGAAUAACCAAGUUCAUGGUUCGUUCCACAUUAUCUAAACUCCGGAGUUUUUUUCUCCCAUUUCUGGAUUCCUCAAACUAUCAAUUUUUAGGAGAAUACUGCCAAGCUCAAUCCACAACUUCGGUGUGGGACGAAAUUCAGCCUAAGAACACGGCUCCAACAGGAAGGACAUCUCACGUUUCCAUCACCGUAGGCGACGUCAUUUGGAAUCUGGGUAUAAUUUAUUCAAUGUGGUAGAAAUAAGGAAUUUCUUCACAGGAGGGGAAUACUUUGACGGUGCUGAGGACACGAGUCAAAUCAGAGCUUUCAAUGUAACCAGUAAGACUUGGAGUCUUGUGAAAGUUGAAGGACGACCACCCGCUCCUCGAUACGACCAUACCAUAGUCAAAUACAAGGUUCAAUCCCCUCAAACUUUUUUUGUAAAUAAAUUUAGAACAAACUGUACAUGUACGGCGGAGUUCUACGCGGUAGGAAUGAAUGGAGUAGAGAGCAAAAUAUCACCGAUGAAUUGUGGACUCUGGAUCUUUCUUCUAUGAUUUGGGAGAAAAUGGAGACGCCGAAUGUCACCAUUAUUGUCAGUUGUUUUUUCGAUUAAUUUUGCGGAAGAAAUAUUUAUAUUUCUUUGACUUCGAAUUUACAGGUCCCUCCUUUCGCUGUGGCUGGUCACUCUGCGCAUGUCGUAGGAAACGAGAUGUUUGUCUUUUUUGGGUACAAUCCUCUGUUUGGUUUCAUGCACCAGAUCCAAGUUUUUAAUUUUGGUAAGAUUUGGUCACGGUAUCUUUAUGAAAAGCUUAUUUGCAGAAACAAAUGAUUGGUCGGUUGCAAAUACGACAGACCACGUUUACGGUCGUUUCAAACACUCUUCUAUUGAAUAUGAACUCCCCAGUGUAAUAAACAUUUUAUCGAUACCAUUAUUUAUUGAGAAAUCAGGGUUCUAUCGGAAUCCUCGUUUUUGGAGGUCUGAUGUGGAACAACACAAUAACCGACACGUUGUUGCUGUUCGACACCGAAACAAAGAAAUGGUAUUGUCUUUAUGACCCUGAGACAGGUUUCAUUUGAGGAUUUUUCAGGUCCAACUUGCCGCAAUCUGGAAUGCAGCUGUACCUCCACACGGCGACCCAUUUGAACGGUUUAAUGCUAGUCGUUGGAGGGACUGGUUAUAACUCGUCGCAAAUCAAUAAGCUGGAAUGUUUCUCCAACGUCGUUCUUGCUUACGACAUCGGUACGCACGGAUCAUCAAACUAAGACUUAUUGGUCUCUUUUUUACAGCUUGCAAGCAAUGGUACAAUCUGACGUCAGCCCCAGCUUCGUUCCGUCGAUAUGGUCAUUCUGCAGUUUUGGCCAAGAGUUCGCUAUACGUCUACGGAGGCUUCAGUGGCAAAAUUUUAAGAGACGUUUGGAAGUUCUCACCUGGUAAUUUGAUAUACUUUUUUUCAAGUUCAAGUUUUAAACAUCAAGCUUAUUUGGUCUUCAGGAUGGCACGACAAAAUCUCAAGUCUGCCAUUCUUGAGGACCGUAAGCAUGUGUAUGCACAUCUCGAAGCCCAUAAUGGAGAGCCAAAAGCUCUUAACUCUUAUUUUCGUUUUAUUUAUUGCUUUUUCUCUCAGAUUCUCUUGUUUCAAUCACCGAAUACACUUCCUGACAAAACAUAUUUGCAAAAGCCAUGACUUUUGCUUUCCGAGAUUAUGGUUUUUAAGAUUUUGGUUUCCAGAGUUUUGGUUUCCAAAAUAAUAGGUUUUGAAAUGUGCGUACACUGGCUUACGGUCCUCAAGAUUUGAGUACUCGAGAAUUUGUCGUAUACUGCUUUCAAAUUCAAACAACCCUAGAGGGGAAACAUUUACGAAGUCCUAGCUUUGAUAACUCGAGAAAUUGGGAAUUUAGGGUAUUAGUGUUGGGUUGAGUUUUUUGCAAGACUCCAACUCUUUUAUAAACCUUUGAAAAAUGAUAGACUCCUUUAGCAAUCAUCAUCUAGCCCGGCAGCACUAUAUGGGCUAGUUUUUGAAUGAUUCCAAUUCUUCUCUGACUUUGGCAUAUUCCAGCUCGUUGUGAUUCUACCACAAGACCCGAUGACUGUCGUCAGAUCAGCGAUGGCGUGAAAUGUGUUUUCACUGACAAAACUUGCACAACAUACGACCCCAACGUUUCCUAUAAACCGACAUUCAGCGGUUUCGUGAAGCAAAUAAAUCCAAAGCAGAUAGACGAAUGCCGAAACACUGCCUUCCGGUUUGUUAAUUUUUCUUCUCUUCUGAAAACAGACUAGAAUUUUCAGCCAAGCAUUGCAAGUUUGCGACGAACAGAAAGAUUGCGUGUCCUGUGCUUCAAAAUCAGGAUGUGGAUGGUGUCCUUCAGGAGAGCAGUGUCUUCCGAACGAUUUGGAAUGCGUCGAUGGCCUCGUGAGUAUACUUGAUACAUUAUAACACCCAUAAUAAGUUUUGUCCCAAGCCAGUGUAAUUAUCAAAUUUUACAUUCACUGGACACCAAUUCAGGGUAUGUUGACAACCUGGGAAAAAUGCCCGCGGAAAAAUCAGUUGGCUGCCCCAAGGCCUUGUCACAUGGCCAAAAACUGUGGUAUUUGUCGACUUCUGCCGCAUUGCACAUGGUAUCCAAUCGACCGAACCCAGCCUUGCAUUUCAAGAGAAGACUUCAGUCAGUUCCGAGCUGUAUUUCUCAAUGAAAACCUCUUUUUCAGUUUCUGUGAUGUACGAGUACGAUGCGAAACAAGCGUCCAGAGACAGAGAUCGACUUUCUCCAGGAAGUCCGCUACACGUUCCAUCCAACCUGAGUCAUUCCUUCUUCCGCAAUCUCACUGAUUGUCCCUUGCCGUGCUCACAACGCUCCAAUUGUACCGAUUGUGUAGAAUUGGAACAAUGUAUGUGGUGUCCCAGCACGCAGAGGUUAGCUGUACUGUUUCCCUGUUAAUCGACUGAAAAUAUCAUUCAGAUGCAUCAAUUUGGACGCGUACACGCUAUCAUUUGCCUAUGGUCAAUGUCACUCUUGGGUUACAGGAAGUUCUGGACCCAGUCAUGCCAGAGUUUGUCAAGCUGGUGAGAUUCAAGAGAAAACUUCUUUUUUGACCGUUUUGAGUUUUUUUUCCACUCAAAUCAGUAUUUCAAAAUUUUCAAUCAGGAGAAUGCGUUUAGGAGAGAAACGCUAUGAGGGUUUAAAUGUUUGAAGCACUAUUGAACGUUAUAAGAAAACUGAACUAAUUCAUAAGAAAAACAACGAAUAUAAUCCAUUCAACUCGCAGAAUCGAGCAUCUGUGAGUACCACAAAACAUGCGGAGAAUGUCAAAGAGCUCCGGAGUGCGGCUGGUUGGCAGACGACUCAAGAACUGGUCUUGGAACUUGUGUCCAAGGAACUUCCAGUGGUCCAAUCAAUCCUCCACCGAUCAAAGGAACCUGGCACUUCUUCGAUUGCGCAGGUGCAUAUAUUUCAUAGUUUCCCAGUGCAAAAAAAAAACAGAAGCUUUUACGGUUUUUUCUCAGUUGAAAUUUUAAUUUAGCUUGUCAAUGCAACGGUCACUCAACCUGCACGACUUCGCUUAGCUCUUUUCCGCCGCAUACGAUUGAAAAGUGCCAGAUGUGUGGCAACAACACGGCUGGAGCACACUGCGAAAAAUGCGCCUUCGGCUAUUUUGGGGACGCGAGAAACGGCGGUGUUUGUCGAGGUUCGUGUUUUUUUUUUGGUCGCGCGGAUUAUGGUCGCGAUAGGGGAGACUAAUUCCAAGCACGCGGCGUCGCGGUCGUUUCGCUCUUGGUGAAAAAGAAGACGAAAUGCGGAAGGAAGUUUGAGAUUUUGCUGACGCCCUUUUUUUGAAAAACCAAAAAAAUUAACGUUCAAUGAAAAUUGUGAAAAGAAUAUCAUAUUUUUUUAAGAGUCGAGCAGUUAUAGAAAAAAAUAAAAAUUUUUAGUCGGGGUCAGAAAAAAAUUAAGAAAACCAAAAAAAGAAAACGAAUUUAGAUUAUUUUUUUAUUUUUUUAUCGAUUAUUCUCAUUUGUCUACAUCAAAAUUUUUGAAUUAAUUAGCGCUACAUACUUCACACGCUUACCUGUUAUAUAAAAUGGAUCUAAUCAAUUUUCUUACUAUUUCAAUUUUUCUAGUCUGCGAUUGCAAUGGACAAGCGGAUUCCUGCGAUCCUUCGACUGGAUCUUGCUACUGUAGAACAAAAGGAGUCACUGGCCCAAAAUGUGAAAAGUGUGAACCUAAAUACGGCGGCUCUCCCAGCAAUGGAACGCCAUGCUACUGUGAGUUCAAUUUUACGAGAUAAAAUGACUAGCAGCAUUUACAGACGAACUGGCCGUCGACUUUAUCUUCACUUUCAAACUCAGAAACGACGACAAAGACCGGCACACAUCAGAAAUCUUUUUGUACAGCAUUCCAUACAAAGUAAGUAGCGUCAAAUCAGAUAAUAGUUCAGAAACUGGUAUUUUCAGCGAGACACAGAUGUGACGUUCCAAAUCAGUUGCGAGCACAGUAAUGCUCUGGUGGCAUUGAACAUGACAUCUUCUCACAUUGACGGGGUACCGGAAAGAACUCAAACGAUGAUGGUAAAUCUUAAAGAACGACUUGUUUGAGUUGAGAAGUUGCAGUUCAACACUUCCUGCGAUUCGAAGGGUUUUCGACGGGUUUAUGUUGCCUCUGACAAAGGCUAUCCGUUUGGAACCGAUGCCAACACAACAUUCUUCGUGAGUUGUUUGAACUCGAGUUUUUAGAAUUCAUGCGAUAGUAGUCGUCGUAAAGGGUUCAAGUGAAAUCCUGAACUUUGAAAGUUUUUAAAUAUGAGUUAUGUGUUAUAUAGAAUGUCAAAUGCACUGAGAAAGGGUUAUUCAUAUAGGGAGAAAAAUACAAGUUUUCAAAUCGGAAUUAUUAAAGCACAGGUUGAGUAUCUAUGUUUUUUUAGGUGCGCGUCUACAACUUCACGACACCGGUCACCAUUGUCGUGUCUUUUGCCCAGUCGCCACCUAUCAACUGGGUCCUCUUCUUCGUCAUUUUUGCAGCGUUCGUUUUUUGCGCAUUUUUUAGCCCUAAAAAUGUUAAUUUUGUUCUUCAAUCUCUUUGGUGUAAGAAUCUUUUUUUCCUCCCUACAACCAUCCAUCAAGAACGGCAUUCAUUUCUCUCACCUUUUUCUUCCCGGUUCCCAUUCUUGCAUUCCCAGCGUUACUUAUUUAUUGGAUCAUGCGCUUUGGAUAUCAUGAAAAAAUGCCUUUGUCUGCUCUGAUCAUCAUGGGGUACUAAGUUGAUGCUGAAAUCUUUGAGAAAACCAUUUUCAGAUGCUUUAUCGUAUUACUAGUUGUUGCGGGGCUCUUGUGGAUGGUGAAAGUGAGGAUCGAGGCUUACCGCAGAAACCAGAGGAGAAUUGACGAAAUUGAACACGUUGGUUUUAAAGGACAGAUGAAGUCACUAAUUUUUGAUUCAGAUGGCGUCAAGGCCUUUUGCGUCGGUGAAACUCGAGCUCACCAAACCAUGUAUACCAGCGGUUAGUCUCAAAUAAAUUCAUUUCCUGUUCAAACUUUCCGAUCAAACUUUUUCGGUCGUUUAAGAAAUCAUCUGAAAAACUGCGCAAUACAAAGGUUUAAUAAUUUUUCGAUUUAAUCAAUCAGAAAGUUUUGAAUAGAAAUGUUUUGAUGAUGAUCUCAAUCUCGAAUUUUAAAGGGUUCUUCCGGAGGACCAACUCCACUGUCCAUAGAGCCGUGUAGCAACUACAAGGCAGGAGUAUUCACUCUGGCGGUUCGACUACCUACUGGAGGAAGAGCGACGACGCCUUCCGGGACAUCGGGGCUCGCCGUCGCUUCUGCGCUUUGUCUUCUGACGCCCGCUCAACUUGGUGUCCUACAAGCUCCCGAAAACGCAGAAAACAAAAAUGGACGGAAAAGAAACAUUCGAAGGUUUUUGAGAAUGCCGAAUUUCCCCCGUCGAGGAGCAAACGAAAACGUGUAA